AUGAGAAAUGAUAGAGGAGACCGCCUAAUCCAGUUUUAUCAAGAAACAGACAGUGUGAUAAUGAACACCUUUUUCCAACUACCGCCUCGACGGCUCUACACAUGGAAAUCUCCAGCUGACUCGCCGCAAAAAAUGAAUAGGAAUCAGAUUGAUUUUAUUAUCAUUAACAAGAGAUACCAAAACUCUGUAAAAUCCGUAAAAACGUAUCCAGGAGCGGAUAUCCUUUCAGACCAUAAUCUUCUGCUUAGUAAAAUCAAGAUACGAUUGAAGAAAACUCGCAAAAGAAAUCCUCAAAAACGCCUAGACACCCAGAGGCUAAAGGACAACACCACAAGAAUGGAAGUUAAAGAGGAACUAAAUAACAAUAUUAACAGCAUAUCUCUGGAUAUAAAUUAUGAAGACAUGGAUGUAGAAGAUACCUGGAGCAAAAUAAAAAAUGUCUGCAAUCUUGUAGCAGAUAAUAUGCUUAAACCUGAAAAAGGAACAAAAAAACAGCAAUGGAUGACAGAAGAAAUCUUGGAUCUUAUGGAGGAACGACGAAAACACAGGAAUAAGAACGAAAGAACGUACAAGAAAAUAAACAACAAAAUCAACAAAGAGAUCAAAGAAGCAAAGGAACAAUGGUUACAGAUCCAAUGUAGGGAGAUUGAAGCCUUGGAACAAAAACAUGACACCUUCAACCUGCACAAGAAAAUCAAGACCAUGGCAGGUAGGACUAGCUCACGCAGCAGUAACUUGGUAUUGGACAAACAAGGUGGUCUUAUAACUGACACCGGAGGAAUACUCGAAAGGUGGAGAGAAUACAUGGGAGAGCUGUUUGAUGAGGAGCAACAGGCGGAAACCAUUGUCCAUGCUGAUUCAGGUCCAGAAAUAACACUAGAUGAGGUACGGCACUCAAUAACACGGCUAAAAAAUAACAAAGCAACUGUACCAGACAACGUUCAAGCAGAAAUACUGAAGCUGUUGGAAGACAACCAACUUAAACUUCUGACAAAGCUACUCAAUAAAAUAUACGAAACAGGAGAAUUGCCUAGCGACUGGCUGGUUUCCACGUUUAUUCCCCUUCCUAAGAGAGCAAAUGCUACUAGGUGCUCUGACUACCGAAUUAUAAGCUUGAUGAGCCAUGCAUUGAAAAUCCUACUUAACAUCAUUCACUCUCGCAUAUAUAGAAAGCUUGAAGAAAACAUGAGCAAAAUUCAGUUUGGAUUGGAAGUGGAAUGGGAACGCGAGAAGCCCUAUUUUCUAUACAGGUCCUGA